AUGCUGACGUCUGUUCGUCAGGCAGCAGAAGAGCUCUUGAAUCUAGUCGAACCUACCAUUAAAGACAGCCUGGAUUCCUUUUCACUGCUCGACACUGUUGUCGAUGCACAGACGCAAUCACCUAGGUCAUUCUAUGCGUAUCUUCUACUCAACGAAAAGUGCGAUCUGACUGUUCCUUUGAAAGCAGACAAUGAGUACAUGCCUCCCGUGCUUGCAAACAUACUUUUCUCGACUUUGUCUAAGGAAAUAGACGAGAUUUUGGAUGACACGUCGUUCCUCUGGCCCGUUGCUGUCGACUUUCUACACUCCUUUGUGGAAUCAUGUCAGAUUCCUCUGGGGAUUUUUCAGACCAAUCACAGAGCUCGGCAUGGUUCUUCUCUAGAGCGCCAUACCUCGCUGUUUAAAUCUCAGCAGUCUUUAUCCGAGUAUUUGCAUCGGAUCAGAAGCCACAGCGUCCAGAGCAGAUGGUUCUUGAUACUAUUCCAAACCUGCUCGACAUUUCGGUGGAUUUUGGGGAUGGUUAUUUCUGCCUUUCUGCUAGGCAGCGCUGAGGAGAGCGUGCAUCAGAUGGGAGCAAUCUCAAACAAUCCAUCAAUCCAUUGUGAUUUUACUGGGAUUGAAUUCUAUUCGUUUAAAGAGCUCGAAGAGCGGUUCUGUCAGACCUGUAUUACCAAACACAGGGCUUCAUCACAGGCUCGGCGAGCGAUGAGUAGACGAGCAGCCAGGUCUGCACGAUGUUCUCAAACUCUGACAGAAAGCGCACGGGUUAGUCGAGCGCAGUCAACCGUGCAAACACCUGCUGUGAAGUCUCGUGCUAGCUCGCCUCAAUCGUUGGAAAGAAGUAGAGCGAACUCAGUGGCCCGCCAACUUUACCCAGAUUCCAGCUUCACUACUAAUGAUUUAGAAUGUAACGAAAAUCAGAUUUACUCCACUAGACUUCAAUUAACCCUCACACCACAGCCCUCCGAUCUAUCCUUGAGCCUUGCAGAACUAUUGCACGCACUGGAACGGAAGGCAAAGAAGCAGGGCUACUUGUCCAUACUGAAGUCAGGAUUUCAGAGCAUACUGUCCAGUGCACCGAGAGAGCAGCAAUGGAAGCUCCCACCUAUCACCCUAUUCUCUGUGUUUGAGCCCUUCUGCAAUCUGUGCAUGGAUGGGGAGCAGCGACCAUACUCAGAGUCCUCGCACCUAACUUACUUGAUCAUGAAACGAUUAGAAAUUCAAUCGGAAGAGUGCUGGACAUGGAAGGCACGCACCCUCAAUUUCAAUCCAGACUGUGAUAAAGUAUUACUUACCAUGGCGGCAACGAGAUAUUAUGACAGGUUUGGGGAGUAUCUGUAUGCCAUGGAUAGAAAGCUAGCCAAGUUCAACCUGGCUCCAGCGUUGCUUGGACCUGUAUUUUACGGAUACAGAUUCUUUAUAGACAGGAGUCUGAUUGUGGAGAAGCUCAGACACUGGAAUACCAUCAAUCUAUCCAAGCUCAUAAAGACUACAAACAUAGAUGGCACCCAAUCUAGCGACAUGGCUCUAUUUGCCUCAUCAGGAUCCAAGAAACGUGUCCAUCGGCAAGUCCCCCUAGAGUUUGUAUUUCUGCAGCUACUUCUCACUGUGUUUCAGCAAUGGAAAGAGCUGAAAAGCGCCCUUUUUGAUAGUCUAUCCACGGGGGCAGAAAAGGCAUUUAUCCAGGAGUUUGAGCACGCCAUUCUUUUACAUACACUCACCCCAAUAGAGGUCUUUAUACGUUCCGCUAUAGAAAUGUGUCCUCUACUACAACAGCACAUACCAACACUGGUUCUAUUGAGCAACGCUAUAGAAGCCCUAGAGCAACGCUUUCUUAGCCACGGAGUGGCUGUCAGAGAGGGCAUGCUCUCCAUCAAAGCCUACAUUCUGGAGUUGAUUGAAGCCCAGCUGGAGGCUAUUUACGGUGAUUUCCAGGUUCUCUUAAAGCUUAAGUACAACCAAAUCCACUCCCGUCAUGGUAUUAGAAAGAAAACAAAUCAUGCACAAUCUUUUAUCGACAUGAUUGCACAGCCAGAGGCCUACGCUAUGGGUUGUCUCUUUGAGACUAUCCUGUCUCUCCAACUAGGUGUUGGCCUAGAGACAUCGGACCCCAUUUUGCACGAAUACAUCAAUAGAAUAAUCCACUUGCUAAAGCAGACACUUAACGCAUUCUUCGAGUACAGCAGGAUGUCUGCGCAACUCACCCUUUCUUCUGAAAUAGAUCAGAUUAUCAGACAGCUAUCUGAGUGUCAUAUCUUGUGCACUCUAAUGAGUGUGAGCGCCGCUUACUCAGAUACGGAUGGCUACAUAGCCACUGCAGUCAAGCAGCGCACCAGGGACCUGUUUGCCAAGCUCUGUACUGUACUGGCAGAGAAGGGUGUCACAGCUAAAGCUGAUCAACUAGAGUAUCUCCGCGCUUUGAAAAGAAGCCACAUGAUUCACAAGCAGUUGCUGAUUAAGCUCGAGAAUAUAGACACUGUAUAG